UCCGUGAGGGCGGUGGCAGCGAGAGGGGCCGGAGGGUCCGGGAGCCGGGAACGGAGCUGGGAACGGAGCUGGGAGCGGCGGGACAGGGCCGGGGACUCUGGCGGACAGUGCCUCACCCAAGCCAUGGCCACACGCCUCAGAUCGGCUGGCAGGAGCUGCACCGUGAUCGGGGGCUCGGGGUUCCUGGGGCGGCACAUGGUGGAGCAGCUGCUGGCCAGGGGCUACAGCGUCAACGUCUUCGACAUCCAGCAGAGCUUUGCCAGUGAGCAGGUGACCUUCUUCCUGGGGGACCUGUGUGACAAGGAGGCUCUGCUGCCAGCCCUGCAGGGAGUGUCUGUGGUGUUCCACUGUGCCUCACCAGCCCCUUCCAGUGACAACAGGGAGCUGUUCUACAAGGUGAAUUUCAUGGGAACCAAGGCAGUCAUUGAAGCCUGCAAAGAAGCUGGAGUGCAGAAAUUGGUGUUAACCAGCAGUGCCAGUGUAGUUUUUGAGGGCACAGACAUAAAAAAUGGCUCAGAAGAUCUCCCCUAUGCACAAAAACCUAUUGAUUACUACACAGAGACCAAGAUCCUGCAGGAGAAGGAGGUGCUCAGUGCAAACGACCCAGACAACAAUUUCCUCACCACUGCAAUCCGUCCCCAUGGAAUAUUUGGUCCCAGAGACCCUCAGCUGGUUCCCAUCCUCAUCCAGGCAGCGAGGAGUGGCAAAAUGAAGUUCAUCAUUGGGGAUGGAAAGAACCUGGUGGAUUUCACCUACGUGGAGAACGUGGUGCAUGGGCACAUCCUGGCUGCAGAAAAGCUGCACAAAGGCUCUCCCCUCUGUGGGAAGGCCUUUCACAUCACCAACGAUGAGCCAAUUCCCUUCUGGACAUUCAUGUCCCGCAUCCUGACCGGCCUGGACUACGACCCCCCCAAGUACCACAUCCCCUACUGGCUGGCCUAUUACCUGGCCCUGCUGCUGGCCCUGCUGCUGGCCCUGCUCAGGCCCCUGGUGACCAUCAAGGCCACCUUCACGCCCAUGAGGGUGGCCCUGGCUGGGACCUUCCACUACUACAGCUGUGAGCGGGCCAAGAGGGCCAUGGGCUACAGCCCCGUGGUCAGCCUGGACGAGGCCAUUGCCAGGACUGUGCAGAGCUACCCCGGCCUGCGCCGGGCCAGGGCCUGACAGCCCUGCCUGGAGCCCUGCUGCCUGCCUGCCACCACUUCUGACAGCUGGACUGGAGCAAGUGUCAGCAGGUCCCAGGAAAGAGGAGUUUUCCUGAACUCUCUGCUCCUCCUCCUCACCGUUCUGUGUGGGAGCUGUGCUGACAGUUUUGUUUCUUGGAUGUGACUUCUUGUUUGGAAACAGCUGCUGAACUCUCUGGGCUGUGAAUAAACACCCUGCUGUGCCCUCUUGGAUCCUGAGCAGGCACACCAGCAUUCCUGCUCCCCUCCCUC